AUGCAGUCUCAUCAGGAGUAUCCAGAGAUAAAUGACAGCGAAAGUCACCCAAGCAGCAGUCACCAAACCUUGAAAGGAACCUCAAAAUGGGCUACAUCACUGGAGAAUCUCCUCGAAGAUCCAGAAGGAGUGAAACGAUUUAGGGAAUUUUUAAAGAAAGAAUUUAGUGAAGAAAACGUUUUGUUCUGGCUAGCAUGUGAAGAAUUUAAGAAAACACAGGGAAAAAAACAGAUGCAAGAAAAAGCUAAAGAAAUUUACAUGACUUUCCUGUCUAGUAAAGCUUCCUCCCAAGUCAAUGUUGAAGGGCAGUCCCGUUUGAAUGAGACCAUUUUGGAGACACCUCACCCUCUCAUGUUUCAGAAGCUCCAGGACCAGAUAUUCAAUCUCAUGAAAUAUGACAGCUACAGCCGCUUCUUAAAGUCAGACGUAUUCCUAAAUCAUAAGAAGUCUGAGGAGCAAGAAGAGAAUUCACCAGAGGCUCAGACUGCAGCUAAAAGAGCGUCAAGAAUUUAUAACACAUGAUACAAUUAAUCUCUUCAGGAGAGGCAAUGCAAUAACUAAAUUACACUCAGGAACAGUCUAGGUUUAUAGCAGUUGCAUUUAGGGCUUGAAAAGCUCAAAAUCUUUUUAGAAGAUACCUACCUUCUUAAUUGCUUGAACAACUAAUUGUUUUUGCAUGAUAGCUAAUAACCAAGCACCCGUGGAAAGACUGUUUCCUAGCUAAAAGGCUGAGGUAUUCCUCUAUAGCAUGAAUUGCAUUUCAUAUUUCACAAGUUAAAAUGCUUUCAUUAUUUUCUUUUGUGAGGCAUCAUGAUGAUGAGAAAUGGGAGAUAAAGUGGUUGUGUUUUUUAUUUUUGCCUUGUAAUUUUUAUUUGUGACCAUCUUUUAUAUCCUGACCUGCUGAGAGAAGCUAUUGAGGAGUACAU